AUGGGGGGGGGGGGGGGUCUUGCUUGCUCCACACCGAGCGCCAUCGGUCCGGACCGGUGCUUCCACCGAGGGGUGGCCUGCACAAGGUCUGAGCCGCGGGCGCUCGGCGCCAAGUGCAGGAGGACAUCGAUAAUGCGCGUGCUGUCUCAGUUCGCCUCCGCAUCGUACGCCUCCUUCAGCCGCGUGCGCCGGCCGCUGACCGCCGCCGCCUUUGCGACCGUCGGCACCGCCAUCGCCGCCAAUGGCGGCCUCACUGUGGGCGGUCCCGGCCCGGCCAUGUCUGCAGCGGGCGCGGCGCCGUUUGUGCGGGUGGUGUCGUACAACGUGCUCUCGUCGCACCUGUGCGCGCCGGACCACUUCCUACGCUGCGCGCCCGACGCGCUCGACCCGCCGCAGCGGCUCGCGCGCAUCAAGACGCUGCUGCGGCCGCACCUCGAGGAGGACGCCGUCAUCUGCCUGCAGGAGGUGUCGGCGCCGUGGAUCGGCGAGCUGACGCCCUUCUUCGAGGAGGCGGGGUACACCUUCGUCACCGGCUCGUACGGCUCCCCGUUCAACGGCUACAUGGGCGCCUCGCCCGCCCGAUGGCGCGCCGAGCCUCCACGCUCCAAGCUGCGAGUCGCGCUCUGUGGCGCGUGGGCGUCGCUCUCCACGCUGUGGCGGGCGCCGCAGAAGCGCCCCUUCGACGUGUGGUCCGAGACGCGGCGGCGACACAACUUUUUGGUCAGCGCAAACUUGCGGUGCAAGAGGAGCGGGCGGCGGGUGUCGGUGUCGACGUACCACAUGCCGUGCCUCUUCGGCUCAGACGCAAAGGCGCAGGUGCAGGUCAUGACCAACCACGCCGCCCUCGCCGCGCAGCAAGCGCUGCGCUUCGCCGGAGAAGGCACGCCUUGCGUCCUCGCGGGCGACUUCAACAUCAAGCCCGCCGACGCGCCCUACAAGCUGAUCACCACCGGCACGCUGCCGGAGGAGGACCCGCACAUGCCGCCCGCCGCGCCGCACGGCGACGCGUGGCGGCCGACGCUGCCCAAGCCGAUGAGGUCGGCGUACGUGCUCGCGUCCGGUUCCGAGCCCGAGUUCACCAACCUGGCGGUGACCAAGUUCGCCAAGCCGGGCGAGCCGCCCUUCUGCGAGACGCUCGACUACAUCUUUGUGUCGGACGGCGACGGCUGGACCGUGCGGGCCGUGCGGCCGCUGCCGAGCAAGGAGGCGGUGCUGGACAAGGGGGGGGUCGAGUCGUACCCGACGCUCGAGGAGCCGUCCGACCACACGAUGAUCUGGGCCGACCUCGGACUCGCUUGA